CGGUGCAGGCUGCUAUCUCUCAAUCUACCAAUCGCUGGAUCGGAACCUGCACACAAGCGACCAAAACUAGAGGUUCGAGGUGCACGUUCACGACCACGGGAGAAACCCCAACCAAGAAAUGCUUUACCUACAAGACGGUCGGCAAGGGUUGCAGGCAAUGCUGCUGAGCCUGGUGCAAGCCUGAAGCAGCUGGAGGCGUUGGAUCUAUUGUUUCCCACUCGUACUGAGAGGAAACAGAGAAAACUGGGUGUGAUACCAUUAGAAUCAGAGGAUGAGGGAGAAGAAUCCGAGAAGGAUAUAAAGUUAGAAACGGAAGACGUGGAGGUCAAGAGUGAAAUCACGGACACAAAGACUGAUGGCACUGAAACGAAGACUGGAGAUACUGGAAAGGAUGUGUUGGCGGACAGUAAACAUGACAUCGAUAGCGCAGACGGGGUCGAAGCCCGGAUGCGCUCGCAGUAUCUGAAGGAUGCUAGUGCUGCAAUGGAAACUAUAAGCGAAGAUACCAAACACAGCGGACACAAAGAAGUAGAACAGAUGAUUAGGAAGUGGGAGAUAAAGACGGAUCAAGUGUGUAAAGUCUCCAAAGAGAGGAUCAUGCACCUUGCCUACCAUCCUACAACGAGCAAGCGAAUAGUGUUUGCGGGCAAUAAACUGGGCGAAGUAUCCAUCUGGGAUGUUAAUCGCGAAUACGACGAGGCCUACGACCACCUCGUGGCUCCUAGCUACAGAUUACACUCUCGGCCUGUGACUGCCUUGAUUGUCAACCCUUUCGAUCACACUCAGUUAUACAGCAGCAGCUACGACGGAUCGGCAUUGGUAUUCGAUGUGCGUAAUCAGAACUCAGACGCUUUCUACGUUGACGAGGAGGUGAUGCUCACCUCCUGCGUGCCCUCGAGGACACAAGACAAAGUGGUGUAUCUGGCAGACGGCCAGGGACAGAUGGUGGUCUGUGACUUGCGUAUUCGGAACAGUAAGAGUGGGGAGGGGGUGGCUAUGGAUCUGAAGGACCUGCAUAAC